AUGGCUUUUACGUUCAAGAGUGAAUCCAGCAGCUCUCUUGCUCUAAUUCUUGGCGCUUGGGCGAGGCAAGCGAUGUCAGUCCGCAUGUUGCGCGAGCCCACCAUUGCAGAGCAGCACCAGCAAUGGAUGGCCGAAUAUGUUCGGACCUACAAGGACCCACAGGAGAAGGCAAAAUGCCAGGCAAUUUUCGGCCAGAACUUGCGGUUCAUUGAGGAUUUCAAAAGGUCUGGGAGUCGAACUUUUGAGUUAGGUUUCAACCAACUCUCAGACCUAACCAGUGAGGAGUUCGUCCGAAACCAUACGGGAUACUUGGCAUCCAAGCAACCAGAGCCUGCCGAAACAACGUCAUAUAGCCACGAAAAUCUGGCCGAUGAUGUUCCCGACAUUGACUGGGUAGAGGAAGGUGUUGUGAACCAUAUUAAGUAUCAAGGCAGAUUUGGAUCCUGCUGGGCAUUCUCAGUCGUAGUAGCAGUAGGAGGAAUCGUGGGGAUCACAAGCGGCAAACUAUCGGUGCUCUUUGAGCAACAAUUGAUAGAUUGUGAUGCCACAAGCUACGGCUGUAGAGGCGGUUACCCAGACAAUGCUUUCAAGUACAUUAUCCGAAACCAAGGAAUCGCGUCCCAGAAUACCUAUGCAUACCAUGGGAUGGACAGGACCUGCAAUGCAACGAAAGCAGCAGAACACACGGCGCAAAUCAAAGGCUUUGCAGAUGUGCCGCCCGGUGAGGAUGAGCUCAUGAAGGCAGUCUCCCAACAACCAGUCGCGGUCAUUAUCACAGCAAGCGGGCGGGAGUUCCAGAGCUAUAGACAUGGCGUGUUCAAUGGGGAUUGCGGCUCACAGCUGGACCACGUUGUUGUCGUCGUUGGGUACGGGAAGAGCGAGGAUGGAAUCAAUUUCUGGAAGAUCAGGAAAUCUUGGGGCGUGGCAUGGGGUGAAGGCGGUUACAUGAGGAUUCAGAGAGGCGGUGGUAGUUCUAAAGGAAUUUGCGGACUCGCAUCGGAAGCUUCUUAUCCAUUGCUUAAGGAUAACACUUAA